AUGGCUCAACUCAUAUAUCCUCAUUGUCCAAAACCAAUAUUAAUGUCUCAAACAAAGAUUCCAAGAGUUUUUCACAACAACACAUUGCUCUUAAACAACCAUAAGAAAUGGAGCAUUCAUGCAUUGGAUUUUUCUACUUCUUCUUUGAAGCACUCAUACUUUGUUGAUGGAUUUGGGGUUGAAGUUGCUAAAACUAAAGUAGUGAAUAUUUUAAGGCAAGUAUUGAGAGAUAACCAAAUUGGAGAAUCCUUGGAAUAUUUGGAUCUUAUUGAUGCUACCCAACGCCUUGGAAUUGAUUAUCAUUUCCAUGAGGAGAUUGAAAUUUUUCUUCGAAGGCUAUAUGUGUUGUCUAAUGCACAAAUAUUGGAUCCCCAUAAUAAUCUUCAUAAGGCCUCACUACUUUUUCGACUCUUGAGACAACAAGGUUAUCAUAUGUCUACAGAUGUGUUCAAAGUUUUCUUGGACAAUAAGGGAAACUUCAAUGAAGAGCUAAGAAAAGACAUAAAGGGACUGUCAAGCUUAUAUGAAGCUUCACAAGUAUGCAUGCAUGGAGAUGAUAAUGUACUUGUAGAAGCAGAAAAUUUUAGUAGGCAUGGCCUCAAUAUUUGGCUUCAGACUCAUCUUGAUCAUCAUUUGGCUAAUUUUGUGCACAACACUUUAGCCCAUCCUCACCAUAAAAGUGUAGCUAAAUUUAUGGUGGGUGCCUACUUUGGAGAUACACAAUGGACAAACAAAUGGAUAUAUGUUUUGCAAGAUGUUGCAAGAAUGGAUUUCAAUGCAACUCAAAAGCUUCACCAAGAUGAAAUUCUUCAAUUUUUAAAAUGGUGGAAACAAACAAAUUUAGCCAAAGAGUUGAAGUUUGCAAGAGAUCAACCAACUAAAUGGUACUUGUGCUCACUAGUUUGUCUCACAGAUUCAUGCUAUUCCCAACAAAGACUCCAACUUGCAAAAUCCAUCUCUUUUGUUUAUCUCAUUGAUGACCUUUUUGAUGUAUUUGGAAGCUUUAAUGAUCUCACCUUCUUCACUGAAGCUGUCUCUAGAUGGGACUUGGGUGCUGCUAAAGGAUUGCCUAAUUGCAUGGCAAUUUGUUUCCAAUCACUAUUUGAAGUUACCAAUGAAAUAAGUAACAAGAUCUAUAAGAAGCAUGGUUGGAAUCCCAUUGGUCUCUUAAGUAAAGCGUGGGCUAAAUUAUGCAAGGCUUUUUUAGUGGAAGCUGAAUGGAUGAGAUCUGAGCAUUCACCAAGAGCAGAAGAAUAUUUGAGGAAUGGCAUUGUUAGCACUGGCAUCCACGUUAUUUUAAUACACGUUUUCUUUCUAUUAGAGCAUAAGAUAAGCAAGCAAACUGUGGAGAUGUUGGAUGAUGAUUUAGACAUUAUUUCAUCUAGUGCCAUGAUUCUACGACUUUGGGAUGACAUGGGCAGUGCAAAGGAUGAGAAUCAAGAGGGGCAUGAUGGAUCAUAUCUAAAAUACUACAUGAAUGAGCACCCAAGUAUCUCUUAUGAGGCCACAGAACAUCAUAUUAUGGAGAGAAUUUCUCAUGCAUGGAAGACUCUCAAUAGAGAAUAUCUCUUAUCUAACACAUUUUCAACAAGGUUCACUCAAGCUUCUCUCAACGUUGCAAGAGCUGUCCCUUUGGCAUAUAAUUAUGGUAGAAACCAAUCACUUGUCACCCUCGAGAAGCUUAUGGAACAAUUGCUCUUUUAUGGUGUGUAG